AUACAUGUGGUGUGUAUUAACUCCAGCACAGUAAACUCUAUCAUCAACCACAAUGCUCAUCGUUAAAAAGUUUUAUCUUUGUUGUUACAGUGCUUCGUGAAUAUAUUUUGGUGGAAUAUGGAGUUUAAUUGCUUCUGUAGUGGAACCAAGCCACCACCAUUGUCUUCUUCUUCUUCUUCCUCAACCAUUCUAAAUUUCCAGGGCAUUUCAUCAGUUGGCCGAAAAUUUUCUGGGAAAACUUCAGAUACGCAGGUGCUGUCUUCUCCAUUUCUUCAACGUAAAGACAUAUUCCAGCCAUUUAUUUACAAGCAGAGCUCCUCAUUUUAUUCCCUGAAAACGUAUCGGGGAUCCAUUCUCUCAGAAGCUGGAAAACAAGGCUGGGACUUGGGAAGAUUUUUAAAAACAUUGUAUUUCUUUAAUGGGCCUCCCUCUCCUGCAAAGGUUCACCUUAUUGUUGGAGACAUCACCAAGGCGAGCACCUUGUUACCUGUGUACUUUAAAGGAGUGAGAAAGGUUAUUAAUGCUGUUUCAGUCAUCGUUGGCCCAAAGGAAGGCGAUACCGCCGACAGGGCAAAAUACAGUCAGGGAAUCAAAUUCUUUGAACCAGAGAUUAAAGGUGAUCCGCCUGAAAUGGUGGAGUACAUUGGGAUGAAAAAUCUUAUAAAUGCUGUAAAGGAAAAUGUUGGACUCCGUAGUGGAAAAUUAAUUUUUGGAUUCGAAGAUAGUUUUUCUAGAGAACUUGCCUGGGGUGCUUUAGAUGAUGUUGUCAUGGGAGGAGUGAGUGAAAGUACAUUUCAAAUUGAUCCAAAUGGAGGUGAAAAUGGUAGACCCACGGGGGUUUUCAAAGGGGUUGUUUCCACUGCAAACAAUGGGGGAUUUACUAGCAUUAGGACAAAGAAUUUCUCAGUACCAGAAGAUCUUUCGGCAUAUGAUGGUAUUGAGUUACGCCUCAAAGGUGAUGGCCGCCAUUAUAAACUCAUUGUUCGGACUAGCCGUGAUUGGGAUACCGUGGGUUAUACAUCCAGCUUUGACACCAUAAAGGACCAAUGGCAAUCGGUCCGCUUGCCUUUCUCUUCUUUGAGGCCUAUAUUUCGAGCACGCACUGUGUCCGAUGCACCACCAUUUGAUGCCAGCCAAAUAAUAUCAUUGCAGCUCAUGUUCAGUAAGUUUGAGUAUGAUGGGAAAUUAAACCCAACAUUCACUGAAGGUUCAUUUCAGCUUCCAGUGUCAUCCAUAAGGGCAUACAUUAAAGAGCCAAUCAAUCCCAGGUUUGUGCAUGUGAGCUCUGCCGGUGUCACUAGACCUGAAAGGCCAGGACUUGAUUUAAGCAAGCAGCCUCCUGCUGUCCGGUUGAACAAAGAAUUGGGCUUCAUUCUUACAUUCAAGUUGAAGGGGGAGGAUGUGCUACGCGAAAGUGGUGUCCCAUAUACCAUCGUCAGGCCUUGUGCAUUAACCGAAGAGCCUGCUGGAGCUGAACUCAUCUUUGAUCAAGGAGACAAUAUAACUGGGAAGAUAUCCAGGGAAGAGGUUGCUCGAAUAUGUGUUGCUGCUCUUGAAAGCCCAUAUGUAUGUGACAAGACAUUUGAGGUUAAAAGUGUCAUUCCAUUCAGUGAGCCAUACACAGUGGAUCCUGAAAACCCUCCUCCAGAAAAGGAUUAUAAUGUGUACUUCCAGACUCUGAAGGAUGGUAUUACAGGGAAAGAAAGCUUAGAACAAACCGCUGUUCCCGUCUAAAACAAAGCAUGAGUUCAUUGGAUACAAAAUUCCCAUCU